AUCGUUCUUAUACCUCCACUCUACUUUUUUUCUUCUAUCUUUCUUUUCCUUCUUUUUCUUAUCCUCUCGUCGCCCUUCUCUCUUCCCUUCACCGCUGAGUGCCUCAUGGUAUCAGUGACACGGAAAACAUGGCAGUUCGACGGCGCGCAGAGAGAAGUCGAUGUAGCAGGAAAACAAGCGUAAGAGCGCAGGAACCGUGGAAUAUAUUUAUAGCCGCCUCGAGCUAUUAAGAUAAUUUAUCGGGGCCAUUACCGAACAAACGAGAGCAUUAAUCUAUUCUAGCUUCAUAAAGAGAACUUCGUCGACGAUUUUGUAGCCCGCGCGCCAAACGAGCACUUCGGAGUAAAUUGAUGGAUCCCCCUGACCUGACGGAGGACCCUCCGUAAAUUGCUCGUAAAUUUUUAUUUAUUCCACCACAAAUAAAAGUCUCCGUAACAGUGGAGAGAGAGAAGGAAAAAAGGGGGAGAAGAAGGGAGGAGGAUGGUUCUUGGUCUCCUGCUAGGACGACUCUCACAAAGUGCACGCACGCACGCACACGUACAAAUACACGCUCUCUCUCUCUCUCUCUCUCUCUUUUUUUCUCGCUAGAGCUGUCUGGUGGAGUUCGUCGAUCGCCGAUCGCUAAUAGAAGUCCGACGGUUCUCAUCCAUCGUGAACCGUUGCGCCAUUGCAUGACACCUCGACUUUACGAUUCUCCGAUAUUUAUGUCGACCGUUGGGUCACCGUGUCUUCCGUUUGAAACGUACUUUAUGCGAUCCUUGCGCGUAGCAGCCGUCGUUUUAACGAACUUUACGAGCGAAAUGUGCCUGGAAUGUAUAACUAUAAUAUUAUAACGCCGUUCUUAAUCUCAUAGUCCGUUGCCAAGAUAAUUUGGCGAUGAAACGAUGCGUCGGAUUUUUUAUUCGACGGAGGAAGGGGAAAAGGUGAGGCGAGAAAGAGGAUCGCAAUAAAAUCAUCAUCCUUGAUCUCUUUCUUAAGAGAUUAGCUACCUAAUCUUCUUAACGAAGUCGUCGAGAGCCAAACGUUUACCACUUUCUUAAGACACCUCUUGGAGUCGAGCAUGUAUUGGAAGGCAAAGAUGGCCGACGAGGAAGGAAAAAAAGUGGAAAGCGACGCGACAGGUGAUGGAUCGUGGCAUCGUCGUUAACGCGUUCGUGUCCUCGUCGUUCGUGUAUUUGUCUACGAAGUUAAAUCCGUUACGCAGGAAGCUCGAUUAUUUCUCGACGUUCCGCGUGCAACAUAUACAUGCAUAUAGAUACCUAUACAUAUAACGGAUAACGAAUAACGAAAGGAAGAGGAGCGACGAAUCCGCGUAAGAGAGUCGUAGGCACGUAGGCAAUACAUCCGCCUACGGCGACUAUCCGCAACACAACGCCGGAAAGGUUCGCGUUGAAUCCCAGUGGCGUGACAGGCUGCCUACGCGCGGCUGUAUCUGCAUUGAUCAAAGCAGCAAUUACUGUCAUCGUAAUAUUACUCGGGACGUUACUCACGUCGUGGGGGCAGCGCUCGAGAGAGAAAGAGGGAAGACAACUGCGAUAGCAGCGCCACGACCGAACCGCGACGAAGCCGCGACGGAGCCGCGAAAAAGCCGCGGCAGCACCGCGACAAUGCCACGUUGGCACCGCACCGAUUGCAGCGCCAACUUCCAAGCUCCGACUUCCAGCAGCGUUUAAACGAUUUUACCUAAGGAUGGCAACUUUGAAGAUUUUCCUUCUUCGCAUACAAAGGGAAAAAUGGAAAAAUUGUCUUUUGUUUGCACUGCGAAAACUAAGAAGCACUGUUCCAAUUUAAAACAACGAUAUGUCUACAUAUAAAGAGUGUAAAAAAAUAUUCGUGUUAAAUAAAUCACAAAUACUUAUUAUUUUAGGACAAUAUUUCUAAAAGAGUAAUAAAUAUUCCAACGGAUCAAAAAUCGUAUAUUUGCUUCUUUGGCAAAUAUUGAAUUACAAGCUAAUUUAAUGAAUAUUAAAUUACAAGGUGAGAGACUUCGUUCGUAUCGGAAAUGUUUACCAUAUAUUUUUUUUUCGAAUAUCUUGGAAAGGAAGCAAAAUUCUUAAUCAUCCUCGAGGUUUAACCUGACGACAUAAACGUCCUUGUAAGAACGCGGAUAGGAUAGGAAGCAACCACCCCGAGGCGACGAUAUCUCCCAAUCGACAGCGGCAUUACAAGCACGAAACACGAGUUCUACUCUUGGACAACUUGCGAGGAAAGGAAAAUAAAGACGGGGCGCGAAAACGAGCUUGUUAAGCGUACUUCCGCGAGCGGCAUGCCGGAAGGCUGUGUGUCGAGUUCGCGUCAGCUUCCUGAGAACAUUGUCCGGGAGUUAUGCGUUGCCAGUGUAAGCCAGCGAGCGGUUGGAUUCUUAAGAUUCUAGAAAGGAGCCGAGCUCGGUCUUUCGCGCCGCCAUUCGCGAAGGUAUCCCAUCGCGUGGGUUCGCUCAUACCUGUGUUCGAGGAAGUCACGAAAAUAUGUGGGAGGUCUUUAUUCCUAAGGAGAAGAA